AUGCACAUUCAUAGCAAUCUUCCAAUUUUUACUAUCCGUGUUGAAUACACAGAAACUGUAUCAACAACAUAUCGGAAAACUCAUAACAUUUACAAAUACAAAGCGAAUGUGACUAUACACACUACUGGAGAAUUAUUGUCAAAGUCACUUGAAGAGUUUCUUAAUUUAGGUUGUGAAUGUGCGUUCAGACCAAACCGAGAACCAAACACACUUCCUUAUAAAUAUGAAUUCACGUAUAAUGAUAAACCCAUACAAAAAACAGAUACACUUGAAAAAUUAGGAAUCAAGAUUAUAUCAGAACCAACACAAGUUGUAUCUGAACCAAUCAUAGCAAAGUCUUCAAAAGGCCAAAUAUGUGUGAAAACUUCCACUGGAAAAAUUAUAAACUUACAAGUAGCUGGAAGUGACACGGUUUAUUCUCUUAAGGAAAUGAUCCAAAAUAAGGAAUCCUAUUGUCCUGAUCAACAACGCCUUAUAUUUGCUGGCAAGUUUUUGGAUGACGAGCUGUUAGAAGUGUGUUAUGAUAUUACUGUUAACACCCUUAGAAAAAUUAUCCAGGAUAAGGAGGCUAUUCCUAAUGACAAGUUCUAUUUGUCAUUCAGUCUUAAAACUCAAAAAGAAAUCCCAUUAAGUGACGAUGUCCAUAAAUUUGAAUAUACUUAUACUAUUUCAGAAAAAGCAACUGAGGAGAUUGACGAAACUUUAUUAAAUUACAAAAUCCAUUUGGAAUAUUAUUCUCCAUUAAUCUCUAUCUAUGUGGAACAAUUUAAUGGAAAAUCUAUAACUCUAGACGUAUUUUUGAAUGAUACUGUUUCUGAAUUAAAAAAAGUGAUCCAACAUAAAGAAGGAAUCCACGUUGAUCAUCAAUGUCUUAUUUUUAAUGGAAGACAAUUGAAAAACAGCGGGGCAAACUUUUCAGCUGGUCAAAUUUAUGUAAAAAUGCCGUCCCAAAAAAAGAUAGUUCUAGAAGUGUCUGAAAAUAGUACCAUCAUUGCCAUUAAGCAAAUGAUUAGUAAAGUAUCUAAUUAUCAUCACGAAUGUAUUCUUAUUUUUGAAGGAAUGAUAUUGGAGAAUAAGUAUACAUUUGCAGAUUACAAUAUUAAACUUGAAUCUAUGUUGGAUCUUAUUUAUAUAAAUAACGAUAAUGAAAAAAUAUCUGGUACAAUGCAAAUCUUUGUUCAACUAUUAACAGGGAAGACUUUGACUCUGGAAGUAUCUAAUGAUGAUUUUAUUGAUCAAGUUAAAGAAAAGAUUCAAGAUAAGGAAGGUAUUCCCCCUAACCAACAAACACUUGUAUUUGCAGGAAAAAGACUAGAAAAUGACUAUACCCUAGCAGAUUAUAAUAUCCGAAAAGAAAGCACUUUACAUCUUAUACUCAGAUUACGUGGUGGGAUGUUUCAUGAAACCAGUUGUCGUAGAGAUUUUGAUGCAUUGCCACCACUUACAUAUUAUAUGCCAACCCAUGAAGAAAUUCUACAAAGUGGAGUUCAUAUUGAUAUUGCUUGUGAUUACUGUGGUAAAAAAUGCCCUGAUUAUGAUUUGUGUUGCAAUUGUAUUACAAUGUCUAAAUUGCUUCAUAAUGACCAACAUACUUUUAUGAAAAUUUUGAUUCCUCCGAGCUCAAACGAUGAUUUAAAAAAUAUCCCUGCUCACUCUAUUUCUAUACAUCCAAUACUACCAACUACAAAAGAAGAACUGUUAACCUUACUUCAAGAAGAAGAACAACAACGAUUGUCACCUGAAAUACAGAAACAAUAUCAUAAAGUUGGGAGUGACCCCACACUUGGAAUGGAUUGGAUGGAUGUUACUGAUAAAAUGCAAUAUGAUUUAGUUCGUAAGUUUGGAUAUUCGGAUGAAGCUGUACAAUUAUUACGCCGUGCUCCACAAAUUUACAAAGGUAUGAUGUUUGUUAUUUUUGAUCAUGGCAAUAAUUAUGUUUUUUAUUUUGAUAUACUUAAGAUGAUUAUUAUUAUUAAUAUUUUAGACGAUCCUGCAUUUCAAACCACUCAAUUAUAUGUUCGUAACAAUAUUGCUAAUUUAGGAAAUCUAACCGAAGGAAUGAUGGCUCCAAAUUGUCAAUUAGUCCCUCUUGAGCCUACAACAGAAACCAGUAAUACUAAUGUAUUGACUACGAUUUCUUUACAUUCACUUUAUCAAUCAGGGAGACCUCUUGUUCUUCUUGGAGGAUCAUAUACUUGUCCUUUGUAUCGAUACAUAUCUCACGUACUUAAUGAUAUUUAUAAACGAUAUAAAGCACAGGUAGAUUUCUAUAUGAUUCAAAUUCGGGAAGCACAUGCCAGUAAUGUUUGGCCAAUUGGUAAUGUUGUAGAUGUUAAAGAACAUCGCACAUUAACCGAUCGUUUAAUUGCUGCUCGUGAAAUGAUUAAAAAUACUGAAUUAGAGAUUCCUGUGUUAGCAGAUACUAUGGAUGACACUUUCUUAAAAUUAUAUUCACCAUGGCCUUUUCGUUUUUUUGUCGUUGUAGAUGGUAUUCUAAAACUUGUUGGAAUGCCUAAAGAAGCACAUUAUGAUACUACAGAUUUAGUUGAAUGUUUAGAUAAACUUAUCAAAUCUUGUGAAGAAGAGAAAAAGGAUGAUUUAAGAUUCUUUUCAAUUGGAAUUGGUGAUUCAGUUUCUCAUCAUUUAGUUGAGUCUGUUGCUCGUGCUGGUAAAGGAUACUCGCAAUUUGUUACAAAUACUGAAAGAAUGGACAAAAAGAUUCUUGGAAUGUUAAAAAAUGCUAUAAAACCUCCUAUUAAGGAUUAUAAUAUUACUUGGACUGACCAGAUUAUUGAUGAUUCCUUACCAAUUGUUGCUAAUACAACUGAUAAACCAACUAUUAGUUUCUUCAGCGAUAAUACUACACCUCCACCGGCUGUUCAAAAUAUCUUUACGGAUAUUAAAAUUCAACAAGCUCCAUUUUUAAUUCCACCAAUUUAUCCAGAAAUUACAUUGAGUGCAAGUUCUCAUGAUGGUCCUAUGAAGCUUUCUAUUCCAUUAGAUCCUGUAAUCUUAAAAGGAUCAAAAAUACAUACACUUGCUGCCAGAAAACUUAUUCAAGAUAUUGAAGAUGGAACUUCAUUUAUUCAUAAGCAUCCAAGAAAUGUGGGAAAAAGUUUACCAAACUCACUUGUUCGUAAUCAAAUUAUAAAAUUGGAUAAUGAGUUAGUAGCAGAAGCCAAAAGUUUACCAGGCCAAAGAAUAGUCCCAGUUCCUACUACUGCUUAUUCAGCUUAUCCAGCUCCUGUUUUAGUUGAUUAUUGCUCAAAAUCAGCUGCUUAUUAUUCACCUCCUCCUCCUCCAGCUGCUAACUUUUAUUCAGUUGCUCCUCCAGCCGCACAAUCUCCUUCAGCUGCUAAUUAUUUCUUUUCUCCUGAGACUCGUAAAGCCUCUCCAUAUUCUUAUUCUUAUGAAUCCAUGAAUUUACCUCAAUAUCCAAUAGAUAGUGAUUCUGUUCUGCAUGUAAAAAGAUCCAGAAUGGCAUCAUUUUCUUCAAGUCCAAUUCUUUCUAAUAGAAGUCGACAGUCUUAUCAGUCUCUUUCUAUGUCUUUGAAUAAGGGGAUAAGACGUUCUGGAAAACGUGUAAAACUUGGAAUUGAUGAAACUUAUAAAUCUUUUGAACCAGUUUUACCAACUAUAUCUGUAAAAUCAAAACCUCCAAAUAUUGAAGCUCUUUAUAAUUUUCUUAAUUUCCAAUCAUUUGAUGGUUCAUUUUUACCAUCUACUAAAUUUUAUUCCUGGUUUUGUAAAAAUGAUUUUAAAGAUUUUGAAGUUAUUGGAGUUGGAAAUGAAAAAGUAUUAUGUUUGGCAUUAGCAAUAGCAUAUUUGGAAAUUAUAAUGUUUGAAACAUUUAAAGAUGAAUGUGAGAUGUGUUAUGAAAAAGCUAUAAAAGCUUUGAAAAAUGAGGUUGCUGGUGAUGAACAAAAGAUUAAUGAGAUUUUGGAAAAAGCUAAAGAAUGGGUUAAAAA